AUGCACAUUGAGGAUAUGCCUCAUUCUUUUGCACCGCCAUCUGCGCAGUCGGCCUCCACAGGGAUGCAACGCAGCCGGUCACACGCGUCAUAUGGCAGUGGGUUUCGCUCUAGCGCCAAUGGACCCCGCAGUGACUUCUCCCGCGCUACCCAAAGCAACUGCAACACACACUCUCGGCAAAUGACACGUGUUUUUUUCUGCAGUGACUCCACCACAAUGACGAAUAUAGUUCCCAGCCGUACGAGCCAGGAUACUUUACGGUAUCUGACGAAUGCAACUGCAAAGAAGCACUCCAUUUUUGAGAGGUUUUUGCAGCAGAUGAAGAAGUACCACACCUUUCAGCCUUCAUUUGUUGAGGAUGGUGUUUACAGCACGUUGAUGGCGUCGAGAAGGGAUUCGGCCAGUAAUGCCUGGGAUACAGUUGGAAAAAUACUGGACGCAUCAUCUUCUUUUGCCAUAAGACACAACGCCGACGGCCACUUUUUGACAACGGUGGAGAAUAUUCCUUCAGUAAUAAGGCAUAUUUCCAGCAAAUCUUAUGAAGCACCUGCGAACAGGCCUUUUAGUGGCGAUUCCUUGAAGCUUUUAUCUCCCCUUUCAAUUAAAGACAAAGAUGAUGCCGCAUUUUAUCUCUGGCGACGUGAACACUCAAACGCAUCGCCUGACGAAGUGCGUGAGGAGCUUCAAUUUCGAGAUAAGGAACGGGCGGGUGAAUGGAGGAAGUUUUUUGCCUCAAAGAAGCUGCAGUGGAAAGCUGACCUUGAUGUGCUUUCCGGGAAUUCACGGGAUGAUAUGUCGUUGCAAUCCACCCCGGCCUAUCCCCGUGAGAAGGAGCAACCGGAAUUACCCACGGAGUUAUUGGAUAAGCAAAUUGAACAGGGAUUGUUGUGGGGUGUAUUUUCCAAUGGUGAGAUACAGGCCAAGCACGGGAAGUCAGCCGCAGUGGAACGGGCACCGACCCUCGCAACAGAAAUUAUCAGCGACUACCGUAAAAGCAAUGAACUGCAGGAAUGGAUGGAGAGGAAGUGGAGACAUCACACACACCGCCAUGAGAAUGCUGCUCUUCGCAUUCAGUGUGCGUACCGCUGCCACCGGGCCAGGCGAGUUGCAGCACGACGACGAUACGCAAGACGUCUCGCGUUCAUGGAAGCUCGGCGGGUAGAGGAGGAGAGCAUGCGCGCAUGGAGUACCGCCCUGCGAGUGAUGACGGAUGAAUUAAAUAACACCGGGGAUAACUUUAACAGUACAUGGCGAUCGUUGAAUUUUGUUUUCUCGAAGUUACAGGCCAAAGCGAUAGCACGAAGGGCGCGAAAAAAGGCGGAAAUGGAUAGUGACUGUGAGGUAAAGGAGUACGCGGCUACGACGAUACAGCGUGUUUAUCGUGGUUACUGUGGCAGGCAGUUGGCGAGGAUUAUUCGUUUCCCAGAAGUUUUUGAGCAGCUACGUCGUAACCGUUUGCAGGCGGCUGCAAUUAUGCUGCAAGCUACAUGGAGGGGAUGUGCAACGCGUGCGAGGAUUCGUCGACAAACUGAGGCCGUUCUUCUCAUUCAACGACUUGUGCGGUCGUCUGCUGCCCGAUCGCGCUUGCGUCAUCUCCGUGCGACGAGGCGGGAAGAAAGGGAACAGUUGACGUCGCAGUUUGCUGCAAAACUAGUGUGCCAUUUUCUAAAGGGAAUCAUUGUUUGUCGUCGGGAGCGCAUAUUGCGGUUUCGUGAGCAGGCGGAGUUGUUGCAACGCGUCACUUCAGGUUUAUUUGCCCGACAGACCAUGCAUCGACUCAACCAGUCGCUUCUGCGGUUGGUACUGUGGACUCAGCGGCGUUUUCGUAGUGCACGGGGUCGGGAGUUGGCGCGACAGCAACGGGAACUGACGGAUGCGCUCUUCCAACAUCUUCGCCGUGUCGACGCAGCCACAGUCAUUAAGCGGGCCUGGCGACGGAGUGUCAUGGCUGCGGCAAAGGCCCCAAGAGUGGACAUGGCGGAGAAGAGGAACUUCAAGUCGACUGCGAUAACGGAGCACAGUAUGGAAGAGGCUGUUGUGAUGAUUCAAAAUUGGUUUAGAUGCAUGCGCAUUCUUCGCCUGGAGCGUGCAGAACGUGACGCGGCUCGUGAACAAUUACUCUUAAGGGAGAGCGCGGAGCGCAUUCUUUGUUUUUAUCGCAGGUGUAAAUCGUUGCGAUCGUCUCCACCGCCGAGAACUCAACAGGUCGAUCGCAAAAAAUUAGGGAAUAUGUGA